CGCAUUAUUAUACUUCAAAAAUGUUUAAUUUGGGAUAUACCAAGUUGUACCCACAACUUAUUGCCGAAAAACGUUGUUUUCAAUCCGGGACAAUCCCAUCCAGCGCGCCUUAAUUUUCAUAAGACUUAACGUGCAAAAUUUCCUAAUUAUACGCAUGCAGGAUUUAAAAUUAAAAAAAAAUCGUGGGUAGAAGAAAUAGGGGUUGCAGAGAGAAACUGAUCGAUCGAUGGAGGAUAUAUACAUCGAGAAGCAUCUUCUCACCCAUGCCAACAAUAUGAUCCAAUUGGAGGGUGGAGUAGCAAGUUCAAAUACGAGUAGGGGACAAAUCCCUGAUGGCGGAGGAGACGAGAAACAGAAUAAAAGUGCUGUCAUCAUACUAAACCCUGAAUUCGAACAAGGCCUGAAUAACUGGACAGGAAGAGGGUGCGACAUCCUUCUCCGCGACUCCAUGGACGACGGAAAGACCGUUUCGCCCUCGGGAAAGGCUUUCGCAUGCGCUGCCAAUAGAACACAGGACUGGAAUGGCAUUCAGCAGGACAUCUCAGGUAGAGCCCAACGAAAGCUCGAGUACGAGGCCACCGCCACGGUCCGCAUCCACGGGACGGCAAACGUUUCAGACACCGCCCAAGUCCGUGCAACGUUGUGGCUCCAGUACCCUGAUCUUCCAGAACAGUACAUUGGCAUUGCCAGAGUGGAAGCAAAAGCCCAGGAAUGGACGCAAUUACAAGGGAAGUUUCUUAUUCAUGGUUCUCCUUCAAAGGUUGUUAUAUUUUUGGAAGGACCGCCUCCUGGUAUUGACAUUCUCAUUAGUUCUUUCGACGUAAAACAUGCUCCUAAAGUGCCCCCAUCUCCUCCCCCACUCAUCGAGAACCCUGGCUAUGGUGUCAAUAUCAUUACAAAUAGCAACCUCAACGAUGGGACAAACGGGUGGUAUUCACUUGGCAAUUCCACCAUGACUUCUGCACCUGGCUCACCUCGUAUACUGCCGCCCAUGGCUAGAGACUCCCUAGGACCACAUUCUUUGAGCGGACGAUAUAUUCUCGUGACCAACCGCACCCAGUCAUGGAUGGGUCCCGCCCAGGACAUCACGAGCAAAGUCAAACCGUUUUUGACGUACCAAGUGUCCGCAUGGGUCAAAACAGGAAACAACGCAACUGGCCCUCCUCAAAUGGCGAACGUCGCCGUCAGUGUGGACGGCCAAUGGGUGAACGGCGGCCAAGUGGAGAUCACCGAUGAUUACAGGUGGCAUGAGAUCGGCGGUGCUUUCAGAGUCGAGAAGCAACCGACGGCUAAGAUCGUCGCUUAUAUCCAAGGCCCCUCUCCUGGCGUUGAUUUGAUGGUCGCCGGGCUUCAGAUAUUCGCAGUUGACCGAAAGGCUCGAUUUAAAGAUCUAAAGACACAAACUGAUAAGAUACGCAAGCGUGACGUCGUCCUGAAAUUCUCUGGAUUGGGUUCAUCUGGCACUUCGGUCAAAAUAAGACAAACCCAUAACAGCUUCCCGUUCGGGUCAUGCAUAAGCCGAUCAGAAAUAGACAACGAAGACUUGACUUCAUUUUUCGUGAAGAACUUCAACUGGGCCGUGUUUGAGAACGAGCUCAAGUGGUACUCCACGGAGCCGCAACGGGGGAAGCUCAACUACAAAGACGCCGACGAGUUGCUCGACUUUUGCACGAAAAACAACCUUCAAGCCCGCGGGCAUUGCAUCUUCUGGGAGGUUGAAGCCGCGGUCCAGCAGUGGGUCCGGUCUUUGACCGAACCCGACAUGCUGGCUGCGGUCCAGAGCCGUUUGACCGGCUUGUUGACUCGGUACAAGGGCAAGUUCCCGCACUACGACGUGAACAACGAGAUGUUGCACGGCUCGUUCUACCAAGACCAUCUAGGCAAGGACAUAAGGGCAAACAUGUUCAAAACCGCCCACCAGCUCGACCCCUCUGCGGUCCUGUUCGUCAACGAUUACCACGUGGAGGACUGCGCGGACCCGCGCUCGUCCCCUGAGAAGUACAUUGACCAUAUUCUUGAUCUGGUGCGCCAGGGGGCGCCCGUGGGUGGUGUGGGCAUCCAAGGACACGUGAACAGCCCAGUGGGCCCUAUUGUUUCUUCUGCACUGGAUAAGAUGGGGACCCUCGGGCUCCCCAUCUGGUUCACCGAAGUGGACGUCUCUUCGGUGAACGAACACGUCAGGGCGGAUGAUAUCGAGGUCAUGAUUCGGGAAUGUUUUGCUCACCCCGCGGUGGAAGGGAUAACGCUGUGGGGGUUUUGGGAGCUGAACAUGAGCCGGGAAAACGCGUAUUUGGUGAACGCGGAGGGAGGCGUGAACGAAGCUGGGAAGAGAUUACUUGGUUUGAAACAAGAAUGGCUGACAAACUGCUAUGGUCGUGUGGAUGACAAAGAUGAGCAGUAUUGCUUUAGAGGGUUCCAUGGGUCUUAUGAAAUGGAAGUCAUCACUGCUUCCUCAAAGAGAAUCACAAAGACAUUUGUGGUGGAGAAGGGUGAAGAUCCGCUGGUCAUCUCCGUUGAUCUAUUAUAAAUUCACAGAAUAUGGAGUAUCAUUCAUUGUAUAAGUGUACAUAUAAAUAUUUCCUUAAGACUUUUUUUGAGUGCUAAAUAUUUCAUUAUUGUUGAACAUGUGAUUAAUAUAUAACUGAUUAACAG